AGAUGGAAUAUGGAAGACGGAAGCUGGGUUUUAGUUACACGAUCCACGAAUAGAGACAUGUGGAAUCCAACCUCAACUGACUUGGAGGACUCCAAACCCUUGAAGAUCACUUCUACUCGGCCCGCCAAGUACUGGACGGAUGCAAUUCCGAUCGGUAAUGGCCGUCUCGGUGCCAUGGUGUGGGGUGGCGUCUCAUCAGAACUUAUCCAGCUUAACGAGGACACACUUUGGACAGGGACUCCGAUUGAUUAUACUAACCCUGAUGCACCAGAGGCAUUAGCUGAGGUUAGAAAUCUUGUGGACAGUGGUGAAUUUGCAGAAGCUAGUGAUGCAGCAGCCAAGUUGUCUGGAACUAAUGCCAAUGCUUACCAACUACUUGGUGAUAUCAAGCUAGAAUUCGAUGGUUCCCUUAUGUGUGCUGAAGAAACAUAUUAUAGAGAGCUAGACUUAGAUACUGCAACAGCAAGAGUGAAGUAUUCUGCGGGUGAUGUACAAUUCACGAGGGAGCACUUUGCAUCUUAUCCAGAUCAAGUGAUUGUGACAAAGAUUGCUGGAAGCAAAGAAGGGUCUGUAUCCUUUACUGUAUCUUUAGACAGCAAGUUGGAUCAUCAUUGUUACAUAACAGACGAAAGCCAAAUUGUAAUGGAAGGAAGAUGCCCUGGAAAAAGGAUCCUGCCAAAAGUAAAGGCUAAUGAUGAUCCAAAAGGAAUUCUGUUUGCUGCUGUUCUUGGUUUACAGAUUAGUGAUGGUGCAGGUCUGAUAAGUGUUUUGGAUGAUGGGAGGUUGAAGGUUGAAGGUGCAAAUUGGGUUGUGUUGCAUAUGGUGGCUUCAUCUUCGUUUGAAGGGCCAUUCACAAAGCCCUCAGAAUCAGAGAAAGAUCCUACUUCUGUGUCUCUCCGUGCAUUGAAAUCAAUAAAAAACCAGUCAUAUUCUGAGCUUUAUUCACGUCAUUUAGAUGACUAUCAGAACCUUUUUCACCGUGUUUCAUUGCAAUUAUGCAAGGGCUCUGAUAGAAAGAUAGGAGAUAGAUCUUUGGAGAUCAAGAAUCUUAUGCCUUCUGGAAAAAGAUGUGUUGAAGGGAACAAAGAUGUAGUUCCAACAGUAGACAGGAUAAGAUCUUUUCAAUCUGAUGAAGAUCCUUCGUUGGUGGAACUUCUAUUCCAGUUUGGCCGAUAUUUGCUUAUUUCUAGUUCACGCCCUGGAACUCAGGUGGCUAACCUUCAGGGGAUAUGGAACAAGGAUCUUGAGCCAAUGUGGGAUUCUGCUCCUCACUUGAACAUCAAUCUUGAGAUGAACUAUUGGCCUUCCCUGCCUUGCAACCUUAGUGAGUGCCAGGAGCCCUUGUUUGAAUUUAUCAAAUCUCUAUCAAUCAAUGGAUGUAAAACUGCACAAGUAAACUACAAAACAAGUGGUUGGGUGGUGCAUCAUAAGUCUGACAUAUGGGCGAAACCAUCAGCAGAUAAGGGACAGGUUGUGUGGGCAAUAUGGCCUAUGGGCGGGGCAUGGCUUUGCACUCAUUUAUGGGAGCACUACAGUUAUACAAUGGAUGAAGAUUUUCUUAGAAAUAAGGCAUACCCUCUGUUGGAAGGAUGUGCAUCGUUUUUGUUGGACUGGUUGAUUGAAGGGCAUGGAGGAUAUCUAGAAACCAACCCGUCCACUUCUCCUGAACAUAUGUUUAUUGCCCCAGAUGGUAAGUCUGCUUCUGUGAGCUAUUCAUCAACUAUGGAUAUGGCACUCAUCAAAGAAGUAUUUUCUGCGAUUAUUUCUGCUUCUGAGGUUUUGGGCAGAAAUGAGGAUGCUUUUGUUCAGAAAGUGCACAAGGCUCAACCAAGGCUUUAUCCAACAAAAAUUGAUGAAGAAGGCUCUAUUAUGGAAUGGGCACAAGACUUUAAGGACCCUGAUGUGCAUCAUCGACACCUUUCACAUCUGUUUGGCCUGUUUCCAGGGCACUCAAUAACCAUCGACAAAAAUCCAGAGCUUUGUGAAGCAGCAGAAAAUUCUCUCUACAAACGAGGAGAGGAUGGGCCAGGAUGGUCAACCACAUGGAAAAUUGCUCUAUGGGCACAUCUGCACAACAGUGACCAUUCUUAUAGGAUGGUUAAGCAAUUAAUUAAGUUGGUGGAUCCAGAUCACGAGGUAGCGUUUGAAGGUGGACUGUACAGUAAUUUGUUUGCAGCACACCCUCCUUUUCAAAUUGAUGCCAAUUUUGGAUUCACCGCGGGGGUUUCAGAAAUGCUUGUCCAGAGUAGCAUAAAAGAUCUGUACUUGCUCCCUGCUCUCCCUCGAGAUAAAUGGGCAAAUGGAUGUGUUAAAGGAUUAAAGGCACGCGGGGGGUUGACAGCUAGCAUAUGCUGGAAAGAAGGAGAUCUUCAUGAAGUUGGUGUUUGGCUGAAGGAUGGAAGCUCCUCCCUCCAUAAAAUACAUUAUAGAGGAACUACAGUCACAGUAAACUUAUCAUGUAGAAAGAUCUACACAUUCAAUGCACAGUUAGAGUGUGUAAAGACUCUCUCCCUCUCAUGUUAAGAGAUAGGGUUCUCUUUCAGCUUUGUUCAAUGUCAAUACUGAAUAAAAUUCCAUGAGAACGAUGCGUGCAAAAAAUCUGGCAAGGAACUGACUUCCUUUGUAUGUGAACAGCCACAGCGGAAGUGCUUUUGUUUAGAA